AUGGAGUUCUUCCGAGGUCUACUUCUGUCGAUCCUUCUCUCAGGCGAAUCAUUUCAAGUGAUCAGUUCAUCAUACGACCGAUCGGUAAUAAUCUGGAGUCCGAGUAUGGAUGAGCAAAAGCCGGAUCAGAUAUCGGAAAAGAUAAUACAGCUACAAGAAGAUAAUUGGAGUGACGAAGAUUGA